AUGUCAUAUGAGUUAACGGUGGGGAAGUUGUUGAGGAGCCCAGAAAGAUCAACAGCAGUCCAAAGUGGUCUUGACAAGCUCGCUCCUGCGACUUUGAAGGCAAACAAAGAGCAUGAACCCAGUCAGGAAAUCUCGCCAGAAAAAACUGCACACUUUGGUCUUGGUGAAUCUUCCAGGAAGGCUGUUAAUCCAUCUUAUGUGGGAUGGAAACAAAUUGGUGGGUGGCAAGAAGGUGAUGCGCUAACUGAGGCCGAUGAUAUUAUUGAUUUGAGUAAAGACACUUAUCUGAACAAUGUCAUUCCAGACCAGUUUUAUGGUGAUUGGUACCACUUGCUGGGAUUGAUCGUUAUUGCCGGAGUCCUCUCCUUUGCGAUUGGUUACUUCAGAUUCUCUUUCGCGCCUGUAUUCUUUGUGGGACUUGUGACGUCGCUUCUUUACAGAACAUCUUCCAUCAAGUACCGUUCUGCUAUCAGAGACCAGCUGCAGAAAGAAUUGACUGUUCAAAAAAUCGAGGAUGACUACGAAAGUUUGGAAUGGCUUAACUCCUUUUUGGAUAAGUACUGGCCACUGUUAGAGCCCACUGUCUCUCAAAUGGUCGUCCAACAGGUGAACGACGUUUUGGCUACCAAUCCGUCGAUUCCUGCAUUUAUUAAGGCACUAUGGAUUGACCAAUUCACAUUGGGUGUAAAGCCCCCCAGGGUGGACGUUGUCAAGACGUUCCAAAACACCGACUCUGAUGUUGUUGUCAUGGAUUGGGGGGUUUCUUUUACUCCUCAUGUCCUCUGUGAUAUGAAUGCCAAGCAAUUGAGAAACUAUGUCAACCAAAAAGUUGUUGUAAAGGCAACUUUGUUUGGGUUUACUGUUCCCGUUUACCUCUCGGAUUUCUCUCUGAGGGCAAAGGUUAGAGUACGUUUUAGACUUAUGACUCCAUUUCCUCAUGUUGAAACGAUCAACAUUCAGCUGCUAGAGGUGCCAGAUGUCGAUUUUGUUGCUCGUCUCUUUGGUGAUUUUGUAUUUAAUUGGGAAAUCAUGUCCAUUCCCGGAUUGUACCAAAUGAUCAAGAAGCUAGCACAAGUCUAUGCAGGUCCCAUCCUUUUACCACCAUUCUCCUUGCAAUUGAAUAUUCCACAGCUCCUUUCUGGCUCGGCCGUAUCAGUGGGUGUUCUUGAGAUCACCAUCAAGAAUGCGAAAGGUUUAAACCGGUCAACCGGUUUACUUGCCAAGUCAAUCGAUCCUUAUUUGUUGUUUGAGAUUGGAGGCACGGUAGUUGCUAAGACUCGGACUGUGAGAGACACUCUGGACCCAGUUUGGGAUGAAAGUUUGUACAUUCUCUUGAAUGCUUUCACAGACCCACUCACGAUCACUGUUCUUGACAAACGUGAGAAGUUGAAAGAUAAGGUGAUGGGCAGAAUUGAAUACAACCUUACAUCUUUACAUGACAAGAAUGACCAGAAGAACCUAAAGAGUUUUUUCUUGAGAAAUUCUAAACCAGUUGGUGCACUCAAUUUCGAUCUAAAAUUCUUCCCAACCAUUGAAGCUAAGAAACUGCCAGAUGGAACUGUCGAAGAGCAACCUGAAUUUAACACAGGUAUUACCAAGAUCACUAUUGAAGAAGCUUUCGGUCUAGGCGAUGUUGGCGAGAAGGUGACAGCAUAUGUCGAGUUGUACUUGAACGCCAAAUUAGUAUUGACUACCGCUAAGGCUACGAGCAAAGAGAAUUUACAAUGGAAUCAAGAGUAUGAAGCAGUCAUCACAGACCGCCGUAAAGCUAGGUGCAGGCUUGUUCUCAAGGAUGCAAAGGGUAAAGUCAUCUCCACAACAGUUGAAUCUUUGAAUGACUUGCUUGAUAGAACACAGACAGACAAGAAAGCAAUUCCCUUGAAGGAGAAAAAGGGUGAAAUAAAGGUCAGUGCCGUGUGGAAACCUGUGGCCCUGGACAUGGGUACCAUUGCGAUUGCUUAUACUCCACCAAUUGGUGUCGUAAGAAUUUUAUUGAACAAAGCUGAGGAUUUGAGAAAUCUUGAGAAAGUCGGUAAAAUUGAUCCUUAUGCAAGGGUCCUUGUUAAUGGAAUCCCAAGAGGUAGGACAAAUGCUAGAUCUCAAACUUUGAAUCCUGUUUGGAACGAAGCUAUCUACGUGGCCGUCACAUCUGCCAAUCAGAAGUUAGCUAUUGAAGUCAUGGAUGUCGAGACUGUCAAGGAAGAUCGUUCAGUGGGAACAUUCGACGUUAAGCUUGACAGUAUGUUCCAUAAGGGCACAGAUGACAAGUACUUGGAAAAGGUCGACAAUGAACCAAGAUCAGGCCGCUUAGUCACCAAGAAAGGCGCCAAAGGGUCAGUUACUUUCUAUGUCUCCUUCUACCCUGCGCUACCAGUGCUAAGUUUGGAAGAAGUACAGGAAGUUGACAAGCUCAAGGAGAAGAAAGCCAAUUUGGAAAAGAAGAAGGGAGAAAAGCUAUCUGCCGAAGAACAAAAGCACCUUAAGGAAGAAGAAUUGGACGUUCAGGACAUUGAGAGCAUGUACAGUAAUAAGAUGAAACUAGAUUUUAACGAGCUACUCCAAUACAACACUGGUGUUUUUUCUGUAUCCAUUUUAGACGGUGAAGUGUCUCAAACAGGCCUAUAUGUACAAGCAUUUUUUGAUGGGAAUGGUGAGCCAACGUUUGUUAGCCCCAAGAUAGCUACAAGGAGCAUUACAACUGGUUGGACUGGUGAUGUUAUGAUCAAGGAGCUCGAAUACUCCAAUGCCACUUUUAGGGUCACAAAGGACAAAAGCGCUAACAAGGCCGAGGACUGUAUCUGUGAAGUCGUUAUACCAACAGUUGAAUUGAUCAAGAACUGUUACUUUAAGCCAUCCAUUUUAACUUUGUCAGGUGGUGGUAGUGCGAAAUUGAUGAUCCAAACAUCUUGGUUUCCUAUCGCCGUGUCUAAGCUUCCACAAGCUGACCUGAUUACGAACUCGGGAGACUUGACUGUUACAGCAAGGAGUGCAGAAAAUUUGAUCUCUGCUGAUACAAACGGUUACUCUGAUCCUUACUUGAAAUUCUACCUGAAUGACAGCAAGAACACAGUUUUUAAGACUAGUCAUCAGAAAAAGACAUUGAACCCUGUCUGGGAACAGUCUGGAAGCGUGGUUAUUCACAAUCGUGUAAACGACUAUCUGCGCAUUAAGGUGAUGGACUGGGAUGCAGCAAACGCAGACGACGUAAUCGGCAGAGCAGUUGUUCCUCUUUCGAAGAUUGAUCCGGAGAACGUAACUGAUCUUGAUAUCCCUGUAGUAUCAGAAGAAGGUGGAGACGGUGGUGUUCUUCACCUCUCAUUCCAGUUUUCUCCAAGAUAUACCUUGAGUGUCAGUAAAACCGAAAAGAAGGUUGGUGAUAUAGCUCAAAAAGGUCUUGGUACUGGUUUGAAGGUAGGAUCGACUGUGGUGGGAGCCGGUUUUGGUACAAUUGGUAAACUUGGUAGAACCAUGUUUGGAGGCAAGAAAAACCAUUACGUUGCCCAAGGUGUGUACAAUAAUGCUGUUUAG